AUGGCAGAUGAAAAGCCCAUGGAAGGAGUCAAGAGUGGGAACAAUGAUCAUGUUCAUUCGAAGGUGGUGGGUCAGGAUGGUUCUGUGGUGCUAUUUAAGAUUAAGAGGCACAGUGCAUUUAGUAAACUAAUGAAAGCCUGUUGUGAACAACGGUUAGACAUGGAGCAUAAAGAUAUAAUUGAUGUGUUCCUACUGCAGACAGGAGGUGUUUACGAAAAAAUGGAAUCUGCCACUUUAUUCCAGAACUCUUCCUCCAGACCAAGAGUGACCCUGGCCAGCCUUGCCUCUGCAGUGGCUGUGAAUCCCCUGUGGAAGAAUACCGGCAUCGCCUUGCUAAAAGUGCGAACCCUGCCCAUGCACACUACUCUCAAGAGCAACAACAUAUCUGACUUUCAUACCACACAGAAACAGAUAUAG